AUGCCGCCGGCCAUCCCCGUCGUGUACGUGGACGGAGACGGAGCUGUGCCGAGUGGAGCCAACGCCCGCAACUCGUCCGCGUCGUCGGCCUCGUCCAACGGUGGGCAGGAGGCGGCGGGAAGUGGGCGACGCGUGCUGUCGAGCUCCAGCAGCUCCGGCAUUCUCAAGGGGCGGUACUCGGACCACCCCAACUGCGACGUCUGCGCGCUGGCCUUCGACGUCACCAAGCGCCGGCACCAGUGCCGCGCUUGCGGUCGCUACGUGUGCGGCAACUGCUCGCCGCUGAUGCUCUUGAUCCCGGAAGGCGGCCAGAUCGAAGGCGCCAGGGGCUACGACCCGUCCAUUCCGCAGCGGGUGUGCUUGCACUGCUCGCCCGAGCUGCGUCCGCUGCAAGAGGAUCUGGUGGCGCGGUUCGCCAAGGCCAACGCCGAGACGGCCCCGUACGAGGCCAAGUCGCGACUCCACGUGCCGUUCUCGCCCUCGCUCGAGAAGGAAUGCACCAACGCCGCUGACAUCGUGAGCAACUUCUUCCGGAACGACUCGGGCGCGUCGGGGGACAGGUCGAUUCCGAUCUCCAUGCUCGAGAACGCCCAUGGGCUGGCCAUCAUGACGAUCGUCAAGGCUGGCUUCCUCGUCGUGGGCAAGGUUGGCACGGGCAUCGUUAUCUCGCGGCUGCCGGACGGGUCCUGGUCUGCGCCCUCGGCCAUCGGCACCGUGGGGCUGGGCGGCGGCUUCGAGAUCGGCGGCGAGAUCGUCGAGGUCAUGAUCAUCCUGGGCUCCCCGGCCGCCGUGCAGGUGUUCCACUCGCCCCAAGUCAACUUGGGCGCAGGCCUCGACAUCGCAGUGGGUCCUUACGGGCGCUCGGCAGCGGCCGCGGCGGCAAUCAGCAGCUCCGGGCUCAACGGCAACUAUAGUUACUCGAUCAGCAAGGGCCUGUACGCAGGCAUCUCGCUGCAGGGCUCCGUGAUCGCCACGCGCAACGACCUGAACCGCAAGUUCUACGGCCAGGACCUGGAGGCGAGAGCGCUGCUCGGCGGAGCUGUGGGCCAGCCCAUGGCUGCGAGGCCCCUGUACGAGGCGCUGGACCGAGCCAUGCGCGGCAUCCAGGAGCACAAGGAGGUGCUGGCCGAGAGGUCUCGCAUGAUGGGGGCGUGCCGCGCCUGCAAUUGCCAGGUCUUCGCGGCCCAUAUCCACCAGGUCUGGAACAAGAAGUGCAAGACGUGCAACCACGUCCAUUAG